CUCGUUUCUCAGGGGUUGUUUUUCUUCCUAUUCCAGCGUCCCAGUGUGCCCGGUAGCCACAAGGGCAGGACGUGCUGCCUAUCUGAUAGGAGCAGUCUCUCUUGGCACUGCGGCUGGCGGAGAGGCCACAGCGCGGUGGUUUCAGGCACGGGGAAGUGCCGGCAAUGGGGGCGGAGGGAGCCUUUCAGCCAGGCUUCCUGAGCAGCAAAGUUGACACUUCCCAGAUAAAGGUAUUGCCUGUAGGCACUCCAGCAGCAAGUCAGGGCGCUGGAAAGAGUGGAGCUGGGGUACACGCUGUCCCAUGCCCCGGGGCAGUUCCACACGGGGCAGGGAUGGCCACCUGGCUGCACCAGGGGUGGCUUCUUUCCCUGCUUGUGGAGAUCCUGCUCAGCCUCCGCAGCCCAGCUUUGCCCCCUGAGCCAGUGACAUCUGAAGAUGCUGCGCUCCUGAAUGAGGUGCCUGAGGACAUCCUCUGUUUCUCCCGCUGCUUUGAGGACCUCACAUGCUUCUGGGAUGAAGAGGAGGAGGAAGAGGCCACGAGUGGGAAGUGCCACUUCUACUACUGGUACAGCAGGGAGGUGCCCAAGGCGUGUGCAGUUUCCACGCAGAGCCGUGGGGCCAGUGGGAUGCGGCAUGUCUGCGUGUUUCCCAGCCAGGAUGUGCGGCUCUUCAGCCAGCUCUCCAUCCUCAUUGUGAAUGCCACCACCAAUCAAACCAAAUACUCGCGGGAGCUCAGCGUGGAUGCAGUGGGUCUCAUUGCCCCACCAACAAACAUCACAGCCACCUGGACUGGCACGGCAGGGCAGCUAUGGGUCACCUGGCAGCCCCCACUUGCCGACUACCUGAACUUCUUCCUCUACGAGGUUCGUUACUGUGUGGAGGUCUCUGGGGAGGCACCCUGCAGCGUAACACUGGACCCCAGCGGGCAGCACCCUGGGGACUUAUUGGUCCUACAGGCCAGCAGCACCCCGGUGCCCACACCUGAAGGAGAUGCAACCUCCCUGGGUGCAGAACAACGACUGGUACAGACCAACAGCUGGGUGCUGCUUCGGGACCUGCAACCUGGGGUGAGGUACCACAUCCAGGUGCGCAGCAAGCCUGAUGGCCUCUCCAUGGAUGGCGUGUGGGGCCCCUGGUCCCAGGCAGUAGCUGCAGAGACACCCCACUCCUCUGGAGACAUCAGCCUGCUCUGCACCACCCCUGACCUGCAGCAUGUGCGCUGCGAGUGGAGGUGGGACCCGACAGACACCAGCAGCUCCCACGAGCUCUUCUACCAGGCACCCCAGAGCAGGGCUGGCAAAAGGGAAGAAACAUGGCAGCUGUGCAAGAUGGUAGGUGUGAGGGCCCAGGGUACCCACACCUGCACAUUUCAGCCCAGAGCUGGCAGUGCCAUCUCUGUCCUGGUGAACGUCACCUGGCCUCACACACGGCCCACUCUCAGCUACUUCAAGGAACCCUUCUGGUUGCACCAGGCUGUGCUCACAGACCCCCCACAGCUCCUGCAGGCCACAGUGGUGCAGGGCCGGUUUAUCCUGCAGUGGGUGCCACCCCUGGAGGAGCUGGAAGAGCAGCUGGUUUAUCAGCUCCGCUAUUCAGUGGAGAAUAGCCAUGACUGGAAGGUCUUGCAAGUCCCACGGGCAGCCAGGAAAGAAGUCCUGGACCUGCGCCCUGGCGCCCGCUAUCUUGCCCAGGUGCGAGCCCAGCCCAGCGGGCCAUGGUACCAGGGCAAAUGGAGCGCCUGGUCCAAACCUGUUGUGGUUGAUGCCUCUGCUGAUGCGGGCUGGAUCAUCCCAAGUGUUCUGGUGGUGCCACUGCUCUUUACAGGAAUGCUCUUGGGGCUGAGGUGCACCUUCCCCUCCCUGUAUAGCAGCAUGAAGCAGAAGCUCUGGCCACCUGUCCCAGACCUGCACCGUGCACUGGGCAACUUCCUCAUUGAGAGCAGCAAAUACAGCCAGCUAAGCCCUCUCCAGCAUCCCAGCCACAGGAGCACCUUCCCAGCCCCCCACUUCAGAGUUGGAGAAGAGUGCACAGAGCCCAGGGAACAUCUUCUGAGCCCCCAGAUUGCCCGCAGGGACCUCAAGCCCACAGGGCCCAGAUGUGGCAAUGGCUUGGCUCCAGGGUCAGGGCUGUGAGGCACCAGGCUGGUCAACAUGGCUCCCAAGGGGCACCUUGGGGCACCCAACAUGGCUUCCCAGGGCACCUCAAGAGACAAAACAUGGCUCCCCAGGGACACCUCAGGAGACCCAACAUGGCUCCCCACGGACACCUCAAAGCACCCCAUGCCGCGAGAGCCGCCCUGACCAAGUCUGCUCU